AUGGAUAGCAAAAGACCGGUGUCAGUGUUGACAGAUGGGGAUAUGGCUAUGCGUAAGGCAAUACAAAAAGUUUUCCCGAGUGCCAAGCAUCAUCUAUGUAAUUGGCAUAUGCACAGAAAUGCCAAGCGAAAUGUUCGAGUCGAUGGAUUCGAGGGACAUUUCAAGCAUCUCAUGGAUCUUGAUGCAAAUGAGGUUGUAUUUGAGGAAGCUUGGAGUAAGAUGGUCAGAAAAUAUGGCCUUCAAAAUAACAAGUGGGUAUCAGACACCUACAACAACAAAGGCAUGUGGGCUCAGUCAUAUUUGCGUGGUCAUUUUUUUGCUGGAAUGAAGAGCAGUCAGCGUUGUGAGGGUAUGCAUGCUUUUUUCAAUGAGCACCUCAAACGAAAAUUGAAACUAUUCGAAUUUGUUAGAUGUUUUGACAUGGCCCUUUAUCGAUUACGAAACAAAGAAGCGGAUGCCGAGGCAAAAACUGACAACAGUGAUUCUUGUCUUACCACAGCACUUCAGCCUCUAGAGAAAGAUGCAGCAACCAUCUUUACCAGACGUUUGUUCUUAAUGUUCCGUAAUGAAAUAAUUGAGGAAGCAUUGUUGAUUUUUGAUGGAAGGAAAGAGGAGUUCGAUCAUCGCAUAUACAAAUUUUCAAAGUACACUGAAUUUGGUUCCACAUGGGAAGUGUCAUACCAUCCCACAACUAGCAUAAUGAAAUGUAGUUGCAAAAAGUUUGAGUUCUUUGGACUUCCUUGA